UCUAUCGCUUCCUUUCAGAAACCACUUUCAUAUAAGUGAAGAUAAAAACGGGUACCUGCUUCUCGAAAAGGUCCCAGUCGUUGCCAGUCUCUCGAGGCCUGUGGUUUCCUUCAAAAUCACCAAAAAUAGUGCAAUACCAUUCAAGGCCGCACAAUGGACCCUAGAAGAAAACUUCUGGCCGCUAUAGGAAAGUGUCAAUUCGAUAGUGACCCCGAUGCGAACAAAUUGUUCGUUACCCACAUUCAGGGAAUAGCGAAGAGAGCGUAUAUACGCCAACAUUUUAACCAAUACGGACGCGUUAGACGGGUACAGCUGGGUUUUGACAGAAGCACUGGAAAUUUCAAAGGAUACGCCUUCGUUCAGUUCGAGUUAGCUGAAGAUCUGGAUAAUGCUUUGGCAGCGGAAGAGCAUAUAAUCCAAGGACAUAAAGUUAUAGUCGCUAAAGUAGUUCCCAGACCACCCGAGGAUGUCGAUGUCACAUCCUUAUGUGACCAAUUUGAGGAAAAAUUGUGAUACGUUUGUGAGUCCACCAUUCUUCAGAGUUUACUUUUUGUUCAUAUAUUUGUGAGAAUAUAAUAGUUUCUGGGUAAUAUAAUCUCAUAUAUUA